AAAUCUUGAGGGAAAAUUUGGAAGAAAAAAUGGCCCAUCAAUCAAGCGCGUGGUGUGUUGUUCGGGAAUGCAAUAAAAAUAUUGUGGAAAAACGACAUUUUUUUCGGUUUCCAAAGGAACAUGAAAGAUGGUUGCAAUGGAUACGUGCUUAUGAAAGAUUAGAUUUGGAAGCAAUGGGUGCAGAAUAUGGCCAUCGCAAUUACCGAUUGUGCCUCUUACAUUUUGAAGAAAAGUGGUACAAGAUAAGUAAGAGUAGAGCUCAUCUUCAACCAGAUGCUGUACCAACAAAAUUUUUUGGAAGAAACAAUGCAUGUAUUACAACAUCAGCAAAUGAAAAGAUGAAUGAAGAGCUACCUGAAAAAGAAAAUCUUUAUAUUUUACAACAAGAGGAAACAAAUAGUGACUUACAGUCGAAAUCAUUCCCGCCUACAGAGCAGAUGCCAAAAUGUGAUAAAAAUGUCCAUAUUGCUAAGCCGAGCACGUCCAGCAGCACACGCUCAAUAAGAAGAGAAGAAAGUCCGCGGAAGAAAAAAUUGCAACAAUGCAUUGUACGAUUACAAGGGAGAGUAAAAACACUGGACGAAAGAAACAGACGGCUUCAGAAGAAAGUGAAGAUUUUAACUAUAAGAAAGAAAAAAACAGAAAAAGAGAAGCUUAAGGACCAUGAGAUUCUACGUCAAUUAGGCUGUUGGUUGAAGUUACGGUUGAAGUUACGGGCAGACUAAAGAUCAUAGAAAUCUUAAGUAAUUAUUAAUAAACUACGCGUGUCAAAUAUAAAUUCUUGAACUAAUACCAACAAGCGGCAGAAGAAGUAAAAAACAAUAUGGCAAAUCGAAUGAAAGCUCUAUACAAUCAGGUAUGU